CUGAGCGCCGGACAUCAGGGAACAGCAGGCACAGCUGACACACUGGUGACCUUUUCCCUACAUUCGGCUAUUUUUAGCUCUAAUGCCACCAUCCUCACGUGAGACCCGUUGGGCGCCCCAGGCUCUCAGACCUUUGAGCCAUCUUCAUCUUGCAGAAACCCGGCUCCCCCCCACUCCUGAUUCCCGCCACGGAGCCGGGGAGAUUCUGGUUGCCGCCCCCCAAGUGUUCUCUCAACCCAAAUUUGGGAGUGGGUGUCAGGUUCCCGGUGAGGGCGGGACUUAGGUGGCCAGGCCUGAAGGACGUGGGGACACAGGCCAGAGUGACUGUCCCCACAAGCGGACAGGAGCACACCCGAGCCGUGCCCAGCAACUCCCGGGUGCCCAGCAACCCACAGGAUGGCGGAAGCGCACCAGGCUGUGGCCUUCCAGUUCACGGUGACGCCAGAGGGGGUCGACUUCCGGCUCAGUCGGGAGGCCCUAAAACACAUCUACCUGUCCGGCAUCAACUCCUGGAAGAAACGCCUGAUUCGCAUCAAGAACGGCAUCCUCAGGGGUGUGUACCCUGGCAGCCCCACCAGCUGGCUGGUCGUCGUCCUGACAACACUGGGUUCCUCCUACUGCAACGUGGACAUCUCCAUGGGGCUGGUCUGUUUUAUCCAGAGAUGGCUUCCUGAGGGAUGUGGCCCCUACCGGACCCCACAGACCCGGACACUUCUCAGCAUGGCCAUCUUCUCCACGGGGGUCUGGAUGAUGGGCAUCCUCUUCUUCCGCCAAACCCUGAAACUGCUGCUUUCCUACCACGGUUGGAUGUUUGAGAUGCACGGCCAGACCAGCCACUUCACCAGAGUCUGGGCUAUGUGUGUCCGCCUUCUGUCCAGCCGGCGGCCUAUGCUCUACAGUUUCCAGACAUCUCUGCCCAAGUUGCCCGUGCCCAGCGUGUCAGCCACAAUUCAUCGGUACCUAGAAUCCGUGCAACACUUAUUGGAUGACGAGGAAUAUUACCGAAUGGAGACGCUGGCCAAGGAAUUCCAGGAGAAGACUGCCCCCAGGCUGCAGAAGUACCUGGUACUCAAGUCAUGGUGGGCAACCAAUUAUCUCCAACCUCCCACCCACCCACAGGUGAGCGACUGGUGGGAAGAGUAUGUCUACCUUCAAGGCAGGACUCCCCUCAUGGUGAACAGCAACUAUUAUGUCAUGGACUUAGUGCUCGUCAAGAACACAGACGUGCAGGCAGCCCGCCUGGGAAACAUUGUCCACGCCAUGAUCACGUAUCGCCGUAAACUUGACCGUGAAGAGAUCAAGCCUGUGAUGGCGCUGGGCAUUGUGCCCAUGUGCUCCUACCAGAUGGAGAGGAUGUUCAACACCACCCGGAUCCCGGGGAAGGACACAGAUGUGCUGCAGCACCUCACAGACAGCAGGCACGUAGCCGUCUACCACAAGGGCCGCUUCUUCAAGUUGUGGCUCUAUGAGGGCUCCCGCCUGCUCAAGCCUCGGGACCUGGAGAUGCAGUUCCAGAGGAUCCUGGAUGACCCCUCCCCACCCCAGCCUGGGGAGGAGAGACUGGCAGCCCUCACCGCAGGGGGAAGAGUGGAGUGGGCUCAGGUACGCCAGGCCUUCUUCGGCUCCGGCAAGAACAAGGCUGCCCUGGAUGCCAUCGAGCGCGCUGCUUUCUUUGUGGCUCUGGAUGAGGAGUCUCACCGCUAUGACCCCAAAGACGAGGCCAGCCUCAGCCUCUAUGGCAAGGCCCUGCUGCACGGCAGCUGCUACAACAGGUGGUUCGACAAGUCCUUCACUCUCAUCGCUUUCAAGAACGGCCAGCUGGGCCUCAACACAGAACACGCGUGGGCAGACGCCCCUAUCAUAGGGCACCUCUGGGAGUUUGUCCUGGGCACCGACAGCUUCGACCUGGGCUACACAGAGACUGGGCACUGUCUGGGCAAACCCAACCCUGUGCUGGCCCCCCCUCAGCGGCUGCAGUGGGACAUUCCUGAGCAGUGCCAGGCAGUCAUCGAGAGCUCCUACCGGGUGGCCAAGGCGCUGGCUGAUGACGUGGAAUUGUACUGCUUCCAGUUCUUGCCCUUUGGCAAAGGCCUCAUCAAGAAGUGCCGGACCAGCCCUGACGCCUUCGUACAGAUCGCCCUGCAGCUGGCACACUUCCGGGACAGAGGCAAGUUCUGCCUGACCUAUGAAGCCUCGAUGACUAGGAUGUUCCGGGAGGGACGGACAGAGACCGUACGUUCCUGCACCUGCGAGUCCACAGCCUUUGUUCAGGCCAUGGUGCAGGGGCGCCACCUGAAAGCAGACCUCCAAGAUCUGUUCCGGAAAGCUGCUGAGAAGCACCAGAAUAUGUACCGCCUGGCCAUGACAGGGGCUGGGAUUGACAGGCACCUCUUCUGCCUUUACGUGGUCUCCAAGUACCUGGGGGUCAAGUCCCCUUUCCUGGCUGAGGUGCUCUCAGAACCCUGGCGCCUCUCCACCAGCCAAACUGCUCAAUUCCAGAUCCGCAUGUUUGACCCAAACAAGUACCCCAAUCACCUGGGUGCUGGCGGUGGCUUUGGCCCUGUAGCUAAUGAUGGCUACGGGGUUUCCUACAUGAUCGCGGGUGAGAACACCAUCUUCUUCCACGUCUCCAGCAAGUUCUCAAGCUCAGAGACAAAUGCCCAGCGCUUUGGGAACCACAUCCGCCAAGCUCUGCUGGACAUCGCUGAUCUUUUCCAAGUUCCCAAGGCUGACAGCUGAGGGCUGGAGAAAUGCCAGCUGCCCUUCUGUCCCCACAUUGUGAAGGAAGGGGCCUGUGGUCCGCUUGCAGGCACAGAGGUGGCCGUGCACAGGUGCCCAGGCUCCAAGGACACCUCUGGAAGCAGGUGCUCCCUGGGCAGACACUGCUCCCUGAGGGCUCAAGUGGUGGAGGUAGGGCUGGAGCAGGAAGGGAAUCUUCUUUUUUUUUUUUUUUCUUGCUAGAUGUUAAUAAAAAUAAGGCUGUAUAAUUCUAUUUUAGCCCUUAAGUACCUGUGUUUUUUGGUGGGGGAACUAGGAGGCCCUUCCCCUGCUCCGGCCUCAGGCCAGGGACGUGGCAAGGGAAGGUCUAGGGCUGGAGACUAUUUGUGAGAGGUUCUGACCUGCUUUGAAAGGUGGGUCUCUGCUGUCUACACCCACAUACGCACUUGGAAUAAAUU